CAAAAGUGAAAUGACAAAUAAAUCAAAAUGCUUUGAACAGUGAUUGCUUAUAAAAAGCAUAUUUUUGUGUAAAUGAUGAAAUAAAUACAUCAUAAUGUACAACCUUAAGGCGUGCGUAGUGUGUUUUAGCGCAAAUGUUAAAUUAAUAAGUUUGAACAGUUGUAAAUUACGUCAAGAAUUCCAAAUAAUUUCUGGUAUCAAGACCCGCCUCGAGGGUGGUAUGCCGGAUUAUUUAUGCUUCCAAUGCGCAGCACUUGUGAGAAAAUUCAUAAAGUUUAGGAGUAGAUGCCAACGUGCUCAUUAUGCUUUAAAAGAAAUUUUAAACAGAAAUGAUGAGAUUAACGAAACAAUCCUUUCAAACUUAGACCGAAACCUCCUUGAUAUAAUGCCGCCACUUUCCUUUAUGAGUCCCGAUAAGCCUCGCUUUGAGCAAGUCAAAUUCCAAUGGAAAAAACAAAACCGCAUUGACUGGUGUAACACUGCCAAAAAUGAUAUACAUGUAGUUCAUUGCAGUACCCUCACUGCUGAUGACACUUUCAAUGAAGUCACCAACACAGAGGUUUUAGAAUUUACUGAAGAAAAAAUUAAGAGAGAUAUUGAUGAUGUAGUACAAGAGCAAAUUAAUAUAGAAUACGAAUUGCCGAAAAAUGAGUCGCAAAGUUUUGAAAAUAACACAAAUGUAGAUGCUGAAAUGGCUGAUUCAUUGUUAGACAAUGAUCACAUGGCCAGUGAUAAUGAGCAGGAUCUUACGAACUUGUCAAUGUUUAAAGUUGAGAGUACUGCAGUGGAUGGUAGUGCGAUGGAUGAAGAAUAUGCUACGAUAGUUCCAAUAUCUGUUAAAGAAGCUAAGGCCGUAAUAGAGGUAUACAAGAUGUUCACUCAGGGUAAAUAUCAUUGUAAGGUAUGCAAUAAGGCCUACAACAAUGAAGAACGGAUGAAUAUACAUUUACGUAUGCAUGACAAGCAUGUGAGUGGUAACUACCAUUGUGGACUCUGUCGAUAUUACUAUAAGACUGAGUUUCUAUUGAAAACUCAUAUGACUGAAAAACAUCUGUACAAGUAUAUUUGUAGGAAAUGUCCUGAAGUCAGUUUUGAUAGAACAUCAGCAAAACAACACUACAUAUGGACACAUUUACAAAACGGUAGCAAAAAAGAUGCAAACUGGUACGAAUCCAGACCGAAGUGGAUUAAAACUAGGGGAGGGAAAAGGGUAAAAGGUGUUGUUACCUUAAAACCAGUGAGGAAAAGCAGUAAGUUACCGGAUGACUUCCUUAUUUACUCACCCAUCGGUCACGAGGAACAGUACACACUCAUACAGGAACGCCAGAAGUCAAGGAACUAUCAAGAAGCGAAGUACCAAUGUCAUUUGUGCUAUAGAGGCUUUCGACUGCUACGGACUUAUAAUAAGCAUAUGAAUAAACAUGAUCCUGCCCACGCCGGUCCAUUACAGUGUGACAUCUGUAAGCUCCACUUCAAAGAUCAAAGGAAGCUCUACAAACAUAUGAACAUCACUCAUCUCUUCAAGUAUUCCUGUCAGCUCUGCAGUUACGUCUGUUGCAAUAGAGGUCAAGCUCACAUGCAUUACAGGUGGCACAAGAACGUCACUUACGAAUGUCCGCACUGCAAGCAGCAGUUCAUGAAAGCGUCAACACGUCUCACUCACAUAAGAAUCAAGCAUCCGUCCAUGUGUUUAUGCACAAUUUGCGGACAUAGUUUUGUAAGCGAUUCUGGACUCUAUUGUCAUAAGCAAAUAGCACAUACUGAAGAGGAAAUAGAGCAGAGCAAUAAAAUGGUAGUGAACACAGCGGACCCGCAUUACUGCCACGACUGCGAGAUACAGUUCAUGUCAUUCGCCGCGUUCAACACGCAUCUCGGCAGCUCGUACAAACACGCUACUACAAACCUUUGUUUCACUCCGAUUUUCUGUGAGGCUGUGGUACCACUUCGGUCGAACCGACCUAUUCGUGCCGAAGCUUGGCUGUCCCACGGAACUUUGGUCGAGCCGGCCCAUUCAUAUCGAAGCAGCUCCUGUAUAAAAGUGCGCCUGUUUUCCAGUUCUAUUAAGCCGCAGCGUCGCAUGAAGCCCGAGGAUACUCGGCCGCGCGGCAGACCGCGCCGCGGGGUCUGCUCAGAGAUCGUCAACAACGGACUCACAACAUCAAGCACUUGCGAAGUCUGCGGCAAGUUCCUGUGUAACGACGUACAGGCCCGCAAGCACUACGAGGCGGAGCACCCCGACACCGAGUACCUCAAGCGGUACAUGUGCGACGUCUGUGGACAUACCACACGGCAAUAUGCGAACCUGAUAGUGCAUAUGCGCACUCAUACGAACGAGAAGCCGUACGGGUGUCCACACUGCGACCGACGGUUCAACAUGCCCAGUAACAGAGAUAGACAUCUAGUUGUGCAUACAGGUGAAAAGCGAUACCAGUGCCAACACUGCAGUCGUCGGUUCACGCAGAGCUCCGCCGUGAAGCUACACAUACAAACUGUGCAUCUCAAGAUACCUUACGCGCCGUGGAACAAGAAGAACAGGAAGCGACGCAAGGAAUUAGAAACAGCUGGUAUGUCGACUCCACUAACCCUGGCACCCCCACCGCACAAGAUUGCCGCAUACGACGCUCCCGCAGACUAUCUCAACGCUUACAUCACUUAUAACGACGACUAACACAGUACGGUAAUCGAUUAUACA